AUGGCCUCCUCUCCCAUCAAGUUCGAGAUCCCCAAGGAGUGCCAGACCUUUGCGCUGUUCAAUCAGCUUCCGACUGAGCUUCGGCUGCAGAUAUGGACCGCCAGCUUCUCAACCCCUGGAAUAAGCUUCGUCAAGCUUGAGUGUGUCGGCCGCAACUGGCGAUGGCUGUCGGCGGCCAGACGAUACCCACUGGGAUUUGGCGAUCUAGACUCCUCCAGGGAGCACCAAGAGGUGGACGAGAUAGCUGUCGAGGUCAGGAAUGAAACCAAGCCUAAGCGGCUGGUAUCUAUGCGCCUCGUCCCCUCGGUUGCAGACCCAAAGGCCGACUUUUCCAACUUUCACGACCUCAACAAGCAGCUCAGGCUGCUCAGCAUGACUUGCGGAGAGUCCCGCGACUUGGUGGACCGCCUCCUGGACAAGAAUGGCGCCGUUCGCAUGAGCAACAGCAAGCUGCUGGCUUUUCCCGGCUCGAGCGAUAUCCUGUUUCUCGAGUAUCUCUCGCCCGACCUCUUCCAAUGUCGAGGCAACUACGAUGUCAACCCCAACUGCCCCAAUCUGAAUAACAUCCGGCGAGUGGCUAUGCGGUACUGCCACCGAUGGCAUAAGAAAGACUCUCUGACGUGCUGGCAAUGUGGGCUUCUUCAUAAGGCGGAAGAGAGCAUUGCCUAUCCGAGGCACCUGUACCAGUUUCUCGCGAGGCACUUGCCCAAUCUGGAGGAGUUCUACUUUGUGGACUACCUGCUUGUGCGCAAGGAGACGCCUCCUGAUGUUGCUUUUGCCACUCACACAUGGACAGAGAGCUGGUCACCCCCCAAGUACAAGUGCGGCCCCCGAACAUACUACGAAGCAGACGACGAGACCUGGAACAUCAAGCCAGAGUUUCUUCACUUGAAAAACUGGCUGCAGGAUCACUUCAUCCGCUACUCCAAGACCAGCCAACUGAGCCGGCACAGCAACCCCGAAAAGGUGCGAUUUGGCGUGUUGGCAUGCGAGGCGGAUAUCGUCGCGCCAGUGUCGCUCACGGCACAACCUAUGCUGCCGGCUCCCAAGGGUCGCAACAAGCGUUUGCUUUGCGAAUAUCAUGCGCUGCGCCAACAACGACGACAGGUGCUUCGCCGCAGGUCUCAGACGCCGCUGCCGGUGGAUUCGCGCGUGGUGGCGGCCAACGUGCCGUUUGUCUUUGGCGACCCGGACAAUUCGUUUGACUUUACCUUUGAGGUGGACUGGAGGCGAGUGUGA